CUGAUGUGAAACACACAUACCAAAGGACUACUCGUCAAGAAACCACAAAAGUGCUACUUUGUUUUUCUGUUCCUGUAAAGGUAAACUUUCCAGCUGAAGGAUUACUCUUUGAGAAGUGGCACACAUCGGUUUAUUAUCUUUCUGCCCCUGCAGAGAAUAUCCACGAAGAUCAGAGUACAGAUGGAUGUAAACUGCAUCAUGUUUCUUCUGGUCCUGUGCUCCCUCAGUAAGCUGCUGGUUGAUGCAAGCCCUGAAGAUGAGAACAAGGAACAUCUGUAUCAUCAAGUCGCCACAGCCCAGUACGAAUGUUUUCAGAAGAUCAUGAAAGAUUCGCACCUCAAGACGAAAACUAUAGCAGGACCAGUGUGCAACAGGACGUGGGAUGGAUGGCUGUGCUGGGAUGAAACUGAAGCUGGCCUCACAACAGAACAGCGCUGUCCAGACUACUUUAAAGAUUUUGACCCCUACGCGGUGGCAUCUAAAGUCUGCACAGAGACGGGCGAUUGGGGUCGUCACCCGUUGAGCAACAGGACAUGGACGAACUUCACAAACUGCCAAGCCAACACUACACACCAUGGGACUGCAGCCAUGACUCGCUUCUACCUGGUUAUGAUUGGUCAUGGACUGUCGCUGGUGUCCCUGAUCAUAUCAUUAGGAAUAUUCUUCCAUUUUAAGAGUCUGAGCUGCCAGAGGAUAACACUCCACAAAAACCUUUUUCUCUCAUUUGUGCUGAAUUCGAUCAUCACCGUUGUUUGGCUUACAACAGUGGUACAGAAACAGGGACACAUGUAUAAUGAUUCUGCGAGCUGCAAGCUGCUGAUGUUUCUCCACCUGUAUCUGUUGAGCUGUAACUACUUCUGGAUGCUUUGUGAGGGAAUCUACCUGCACACCCUGAUUGUUGUGGCUGUGUUUGCAGAAAAGCAACAUCUCAUGUGGUAUUACCUGCUGGGUUGGGGUUUUCCACUCGUGCCAGCAGUGAUACAUUCAAUAGCACACCACUGCUAUCACAAUGACAGAUGCUGGGUCAGCAUAAAUACUUCCCUGCUGUACAUUAUCCAUGGUCCCAUCUGUGCUGCAUUGGUGGUGAACCUUUUCUUCCUUUUGAACAUUGUCCGAGUUCUCAUCACCAAGCUGAGAGUGACCCACCAGGCUGAGUCCAGCCUCUACAUGAGAGCUGUGAGAGCCACCCUCAUCCUCAUCCCUCUGCUCGGCAUCCAGUUUGUCCUGCUUCCAUACAAGCCCCAGAAUCCCUGGGUCUUGGAGAUCUACCUGUACAUCAUGGACAUCCUGAUUCACUACCAGGGUCUCUUGGUUUCUACAAUAUUCUGCUUCUUCAAUGGAGAGGUUCAGAGUGUACUGCGGAGACAUUGGAAUCAGCAGCGUAUGCAGUUUGCUGGAACUUUUGCAAAUGCUGACUUUUUCCGCUCAGCUUCCUAUGUGGCAUCAUCACUCACAGAGGUCCACCGCUGCUACAGCCUCGAAAGCCACACUGAGCACAUAAAUGGCAAAAGCUACUCAGAUAUAUUCAGAUCAGACAUGUGAAGGUGGCCCUCAACAUCAGGCUCUUGAGUCAUGGACCCCCCAUUUUUUGACUCCUUCCAAGAUGUUAUGAAGUUUGAAGUGGAUGUUUUCUUGGAGUUAUGCAACUGUUCUUGGAAAGUGAAUACAUUUUUACAUCUCCCAGGCAGAAACUUACAUAUUUUACUCUUUUAUAAACUUUUUUUAAACAAAUAUUACUAAAACAGAUUUUGUGAAUAUUGAAAGCAUCUGCUGGCAGACUUGAGGAAGACCCCAUGAAUCAACCAGCCUCAAUAUAUGACAUUAACACAAGUGGAUCAUGUGGAAUAAACUUGAAGACCCCUCAGAGAACAAGAAGCUGUUGUGUUUACAGCUAUGUUCUUUUUUUUUUUCCCCUGGACAUUUUGAGGCAUGUAACUCUGUGGCAGAACUUCUUUGUGGCCAAAAUAAUCUCUUCAGUUAAUGCAAACAUUACUGGGCAGGGUCAGAGACACAUCUGUUUGGAAGUGGCUAAAUGGUGCCCACUCACCCAUUUUAUACCUUCAAGACAGUAGCCUAAAGGAACGAAUGACCAUGAAUGAUGUCAUUAGUGGAAACAAAACUGGAUAUGUAACAUGCAAGAAAAAAUAAGAAAUACACAACUAGCUUGCUAUGCUAAAUGCCAUUUCUGCCUUAGCCACCUUUGACUUGAAGCAUGAAACUCAGAAAAUGUGGAGAAAGACCCCUUUAUGUGAGUCUUCAAUUUAUGUAUAACAUCCACUGUUCUAUAUUAGACAAAUAAUGACAUUCACAGUAUAAUUUUGUCAGAAACAUCAACUUACAGUACACUAUUUGGCAUACUAUUAGGAAUGCUUCAAAACGGAUUAUUCCAAAAUGCUGGAGAGAUGAGUGUGGGAGAAAAUAGGGAGAGGAGAGUGCAUGUGUUUGUACAUAUAUUUAAUUGUUUAUGAAUACAACAUAUAUUAAGCCACAAACUAUGAACUAGAGCAUUUUACUUAAACUACCAUUAGUGUACCUUGUGUAGUUUUCCAGUCAGUCAGCAGCACAUCACUGCAAUGCCCCAAACUGAAGCUUGUAUAAAAGGUAUGAAGAGUCAAGAUUUCUUUUUUUUUUAGAUUUUGGUAUAAUGCAGCAGGAACUGACUUAUACUGAUUCACUGAUUUGACACUUUACAUUGAUAAUUAGCAUCAGCACUGCUACUUCCAAUAACAUCCAAACACUGUCACUUCCAAUUAGAGUUAUUGUAAAUGUUCUUGUCAGGAGGAGUGAAGAGCUGCUGGUUUCAGCCUUCAAAAACAGGAAUUUCAGAUCACUCACCUACUGUAUUCACUUUUAUUCUCAUUAAUUUGCUUCAUGUAGACUAGAAACAAGGAGGAAAUGACCUGGCUCUGACAAAAACUAACAAAAUUUGCCUACCAACAUCUCUAAAGCCCACUAAAAAAGCACAUUCCACAAACUAGUCCUUUAAACAAAGAGACAUAUCUAAUAAUUUGCAGUCAUAUUACUAUUUUCAUUGGCUACACUGGAAUAAUAAUCUGUCCAAAAAUCCUCAUUUGUUUGUUAAAACAUUGAAUUUUCUGUGAUUUUUUUAGUUUUUUUAAUAUUUAUUUAUUUUAUUAUUUUGUUUUUUUACAUGUGAACCAAUAUCAGUAAUUUCACUGUGGGCCCAGUCUGAAUUUCAUUUUCCUUUUUGUACCAUAUUUUUCUCAAUAAAAUCCUGGCAAUGCCUCCUGACGCUAUGAUGCUGUAAAUAAAAACAAGCUGUUUUAAGCCAAGAUACAGCACCAGAAGUCACUAUAGUUGCAUUUCAU